AUGGAUUCAUAUUCUACCAAUUUUACCAACAUAUAUUUAACACUGGAGGGUCUUGUGGAUUUAGAGCAUUACAGAUAUGUUUACUUUAUGUUCACUCUUACUGCAUAUAUAAUGAUUAUCUACUUUAACACUGUUAUCAUUACUGUCAUAUUUAGAAACAAACACUUACAUGAGCCCAUGUACAUUUUCAUUGCUGCUUUGCUUUGUAAUGCACUGUUUGGAUCGACUGCUCUUUAUCCUAAACUGCUCACUGAUUUACUGUCUGAAAAACAAACUGUGUCUUAUAAUGGGUGUUUAUUUCAGGCAUUUUGUCUGUACAACUAUGCUUCAUCAGAGUUCACUUUGUUAUCAGCUAUGGCCUAUGACAGAUAUGUGUCUAUUUGUAAACCAUUGCAUUAUACAACUCUUGUAAAAAUGUCCACAGUCAGAAAACUAUUAUUUUUGUCAUGGUUUUUGCCUUCUUGUGAACUUGGUGUCGGUAUUAUUCUAUCAUACCAACUUCAACUGUGUAAAUUUAAAUUAAACAGAAUAUACUGUGAUAAUUAUUCAAUUGUGAAAUUAAGCUGUAAAGAAACAUCCCUUAAUAACAUAUAUGGACUCUUUAUUUUUAUUGUUGCUGUGUUUCCUCCACUGAUCUUUAUAAUUUACUCUUAUCUCUGUAUAUUCGCUGUUUGUUUAAAAAAUUCUAAAGAUUUCAGAAGAAAAGCCUUACAGACCUGUUUACCACAUCUGAUCAUUUUCAUAAAUUUUUCUGUUAACAUGAGUUUUGAAAUCAUAAAUAACAGAGCUGAAUCCAAACAGAUUCCCCACAUUAUUGCCAUGAUACUGUCAGUUGAAUAUGUACUAAUUCCUCCUUUGUUUAACCCUAUAAUAUAUGGAUUAAAACUACAAGAGAUUAAUAAUAAUAUUAAGAAAAUGUUCAAAUGA